GUGCCCAGCAUUGGGCUGAUUACAGGAGCAGGCGGCUCUCCCUUUAAAUGCACCUGGCUCUGGGGGCCCAGCUGGGCUGUGUUACUAGCCCAGCUGGGUGCAGACCUGGCUCCUUGCCCCCGGCACUGCUCUGCAGCUCUCCAGGCAGGGGCUCCUCUUCCUUCCUUGCAAACACCAGCUGCCUGCAUGAGUGCCUGCUGCCCCUACAGAGUGGGCUCUCCCCAGGUGCCUAGCGGAGCCGCCUGCGAGCCAUGCUGCUGCGCUCGGGGAAGAUCACGCCCCGGGUGAAGAGGCCGCAGCGUCGCAGGGGGAGCGGCGCUGACCUGGGGGACGUGGAGCCACUGGCCGCUGAGACCAGCACCCCUCAGCGGGCCAGGAGCCGGGGCCGAGGCCCGCCUGAGGAAGGAGCCAGGGAGCCCGUGACGCCAGCCAAGGGCCGUGUGGCGCGGGUGCACUUCGACCUGGACCCAUCCAGCCCGGACAACGCAUCUCUUCCCCCAAGGAGAGUGGAUGGCCCUGCGAGCCCCCAUGCCCCACCUGCCUCCGAGGGGCUCUACUUCGGGGGCCUGCUGCCACCCCAGCCCGACGACCCCGACGCCGUCGGCCUGUGCUUCCCCAAAGGCCUGCCCUCCGUGUCCAGCCCACGGCCCCCGAGGAAAGAGGUCCCCAUCAAGACCCGCAGCACACCCGAGAGCACGCUGGUCCUGGAGCUGGAGGGGACACUAGUCUGCUGCUCCCUGAUCCCUGACCGCUUGCCAGACGCUGACUGCACCUUCCCCGCUGACUUCCAGGGCGACCGCUACCAGGUUCACAUGAAGCUGCGCCCCCACGUGCAGGAGUUCCUGGAGACGCUCUUCAAGGCUUACGAGAUCUUCGUCUUCACCACGGCCAAGCUGGACUACACGGAGCGCAUCCUGGAGGUCCUGGACCCUCAGAAGAAGCUGAUCAGACACCGGCUGUACCAGGAGGACUGCCUCUGCGUGCGGGGCCACUACCUGAAAGAUCUUGCCAUGCUGGAGAGGGACCUGGCUAAGACCGUGGCUCUGGACCACUCCCUGCAGGCCUACCCCUACCAGGUCUCCAACAGGGUCCCGAUCCCCAGCUGGCACGGGGACCCCCAGGACCAGGAGCUGCUGCGGCUCAUCCCUGUGCUGGAGAAGCUGAGCCAGGCCAGCGACGUCCGUCCCGAGAUCCGGAGGAGGUACCGGCUCUGUAGGCUGCUGGCCGAGGACUGAGGCUGACCCCAGACCCCACGGGAGGUGCACUGGCCAAAACCUUGCCCUAAAACCUAUGAGCCGCAGCUGGGCAGGCGCUGGCACUGACCUUGCUCCAGAGGAGCAGGGCCCUAGGGUCCUGCAGCCUCUUCUCCUUUUGGCUUUCCAAGUUUUGCAAGCCACGGAUCUCUGAAGCAGCCUAGUCUUGGGGUACCCUGCUCUGGGAGCCGACACCAAGCUCCUGCCCUCUGUCCCUUCUGGCCUGGGAACAGCCCCUUCCUUCAGGGCACUUGGGCCUGGUCACUGCAUUGGCUGGGGGCUGCUGGGUGAUUGAUUUACUGCACUAGCAAAGACUUGCUCUUUCCCUUAGCAGUGCAAUUCCCCUGCCUCCGGCUCCUGGGGGGAGACCUAGAGGUGAACUAGGAUGCUAACAAAGCAGCCCAGCAUCGAGGUGACCUACACUUCCCUGCUGGGCCUUGGGCUCGGAGAUCUGCUACCUUCUUGAUCUAGACCGUGACUUGUUAAGCCUCUCCCUGCAGCUGGUGCAGCUGGCCUGGGCUGCAGCCCCCGUUUCCCAGCCCCAUGUCUCUGCCAGAGGAGCAGGGGCUGGAGGGAGGCAUCGCCCCUGCAGCCUGGGUGUGCUUGCACCUGGCAGGUCCUAUCUCCCGUUGACUGGUCCCCUGGGCCCGUCCGCCUCUCCCCACCUCCCAGAUACCUUAGGAGCAGUCCUGGCUUGCUUGUGGGGUGGGUUGGCUUGUGGCAUUCCUUGUCGCUAUGCUCGGGGCUGGGCUGGGGUGAGGCCUGGCAGGAGAUGAGGGGAUGGGAAGAAAUCCGAGAUGGGAGGGAGGAGGCUUCUGUUUCCCCAAGAGCCAGGGCAUGUGUGGGGCUGGCAGCCACCUGUGCCUUCAAGCUGCCUCUGUGCCAGGGCCCUGCCACCCUCUGCUGAGUGGGACUGGCGCAUGGGGGCCGCAGGCGAUCUGUCCCUGCCAACACCGCCACCCAACCCCUACAGCCUGCCGCAGCCUGAAACGCGAAGCGCCCGGUGCUGCAGUAACUGGAUCUGGGGCUGGGGCUGAGCUGGGUGAGGUGACCUUUCCCUGCCACCUAUGCCCUCGGUGGCGGAGGCAGGUGGCUUGGGCUGGGCAGGGAUUCCUCCCAGCUGCCUGGGGGUUCCCCGCUGGGCUUGGGGGCUUGUCUGCUUCAAAUGUUCCUUUUAACUUUUAUAUUUCAUGGAAUAAACUCUUGUCUCCUCAUUGCCAUAACCCUGCCCCAGUGCCCUCCUUCUGUGCCCUUGGUCGGAUGCACUCGUCCUCAGCCUGCGUAAUGCCCGGCAGUGGGGCGGUCGCUAUUGCCGGGGCCCAGAGGCAGCUGGGACAAAACCAGUCCCUGCUGCUGCCGGGGGCUCAGCCG